GACGUGUGUCUUUGUAUCAUGAGCGGAAGUUCUGCAAGUGUUUGCGUCGUUUUCGGCGGAUCGCGCGGUAUCGGUCGGACAGUGUGUCAGCACAUGGCUAGAAUUGGUUACUCCGUCGUCUGCGCAAGUCGACAAAGAGAAACAUGCGAAGAAGUUGUCAAAAACCUUACAAAACAGACGGAAGGUGAAAUGGGGCAUCUCUCCGUUGAGUGUGACGUGUCUGAAGAAGAAUCUGUAGUUGCUGCUUGUCAAUUCAUAAUUGAGCGAGCGAAGAGAGCAGACGUAUUGGUAAAUGCUGCUGGUGUCAAUAAGGAUUCUCUGCUCAUGCGCUUGAAAAGUAAUGACAUUCGUUACCAUGUAAAUACAAAUCUUGUUGGCUCGAUGUUGACGUGCCGAGGCUUAUUGCCUUUGAUGCUGAAACAGCGUCGAGGUGCCAUUAUAAAUAUCGGCUCUGUUGUUGGUUCAGUUGGAAAUGUGGGCCAGAGUGCGUACAGCGCAUCUAAAGCCGGUCUAAUUGGAUUCACUCGAUCGUUGGCUAAGGAAGUCGGUUCUCGUGGAGUGAGGGCUAAUGUAUUAGCUCCAGGAUUUAUUGAAACAGACAUGACAGCAGGGAUCAGUGCCGAUUCUCAACAACUGUUAAUUGAUUCUAUUCCCAUACGGAGGUUUGGCACAGUGGAAGAGACAGCACAUGCUGUUGAGUUUCUAGCAGCUGCUAGUUAUGUAACGGGACAGGUAUUGGUGGUUGAUGGUGGAAUGAGUAUGGCUGGUGGGAUUUAGAACAGACACUGCAAGGUAGCGUUUGAUUUAUUGAAAACUUGUGCUUGAGUUUGAUAAAGUUGAGUUAAUCUAACUGUAGCUGUAAUAUUAUUGCUCAAUAAGUGAGCUUGAUUUAUGGGGUACUGUACCGUACGACAGAUGUUUCUAACAGGUAGAUCUAUCAUGCCACAAGUAGGUUUCUUGGGUGAUAGAAGUACUUAUGUCUGACUGAUAGUAAUCAUUGUAGG